AUGGCGACGAGUAUGCGAGGUUUGACGCAGUUCAUUGCGGACAUUCGAGGGGCCAGGGUGAGAGAACUCGAGGAGAAGAGGAUCAACAAGGAAAUGGCCAAUAUACGGAAGAAGUUUAAAGAUGGCAAUCUGGACGGAUAUCAGAAGAAGAAAUACGUCGCAAAGAUCAUCUUCACCUACAUCUUAGGCUACAAGGUUGAUGUCGGUCACAUGGAGGCCGUCAAUCUCAUAUCCAGCUCGAAGUAUAGCGAGAAACAGAUAGGAUACCUUGCAAUGACUCUUCUGAUGCACGAGAACUCCGACUUCCUUCGACUGGUGGUCAAUUCAAUACGAAAGGACCUGGAUUCGAACAACGAGGUCGACAAUUGCCUGGCUCUCCACGCGAUCGCAAAUGUAGGAGGCAGUGAAAUGGCAGAGGCUUUGGCGAAUGACGUCCAUCGACUAUUGAUCUCUCCCACGUCACAGAGUUUCGUGAAGAAGAAGGCUGCUUUGACACUACUUCGUCUGUAUCGAAAGCAUCCAGACGUCAUUCCUGCUGCAGAGUGGGCUCUUCGGAUUGUGUCCAUAAUGGACGACCACGACUUGGCUUACCGUGUCUCGCAGGGUGUGGUUAUAUGUGUAACGAGCCUUGUAAUGGCACUGGCACAGGAUCACCUCGAUGCUUACGCAGUGUGCUACACCAAAGCGGUGGAUCGGUUACAUAGGCUUGUCAUUGGCCACGAAUACGCCGCAACAUAUGCUUAUUACAAAGUCCCAUCGCCCUGGUUGCAGGUCAAACUUCUUCGCUUGCUGCAAUACUAUCCCCCCUCCGAGGACCCGUCAAUACGCUCUGUCCUAUACCAAGUUUUACAAACCAUCAUGAACAAUUGUGCCGAGCCAUCCAGGAAUGUCCAGCAUAACAAUGCACAACAUGCCGUUCUAUUCGAAGCAAUCAGCUUGGCCAUACACCUCGACACGAACUCGCCCUUAGUUGGCACAGCAGCUGUUCUUCUGGCACGUUUCAUUUCAUCCAAGGAAACCAACGUCAGGUAUCUCGGUUUGGACACCAUGGCACACUUGGCUGCACGGGCGGAUUCUUUAGAUGCAAUCAAGAAACACCAGACGACAAUCAUCCUUUCACUUCGGGAUAAGGAUAUCUCUGUUCGGAGACGUGCCCUAGAUCUCUUGUAUAGCAUGUGCGACGUCGACAACUCGGAAGUUAUCGUAGGGGAGCUCCUGAGAUAUCUAAAAGUCGCGGACUAUGCUCUCCGAGAAGAGAUGGUGCUCAAGAUUGCGAUUUUAACGGAAAAAUACGCCACCUCUUACAAGUGCGCAGCAGGGGACCAUGUUGGCGAUGAGGUGUGGUACCGGGUUGUUCAGAUUGUGACGAACACAGAAGACCUACAAGAAUACGCCGCAAAGGUCGUUUUCGAACAUCUCAAAGCACCUUCAACUCAUGAAAGCUUAGUCAAGGUUGGAGGCAAGUGCCUACUUCGCAUGCCUCGCCGUUACAUUCUGGGAGAAUACGGCCAUCUUAUCGCGAAUGAGCCGGGUUACAGCCCAAUUGAGCAAUUCCAACUUCUCCACUCCAAGUCCCAGUUCUGCAUUGCCCCAACGCGGUCGCUCCUCUUGACGACUUACAUCAAAUGGGUGAAUGUCUUCCCCGAGAUCAAACCUCAGCUACUGAACAUCUUCGACCGUUAUCGACAUGUCCUCGAUGCCGAGCUGCAACAACGUGCUUGCGAAUUUUACACCCUAGCAUCACGACCAGAGGACGACGAUUUCCUUCCCAGUGUCUGUGAAGAGAUGCCGCCAUUCCCCCCGAGGGUCAGUGCCCUUCUCGGCCGACUUGACCGCAAGCACGGUGACACAGAAGACAAGAGAACAUGGGUGCAUGGUGGAAAGGAGGCCAACGUGGAACGCAAUGCGAUCCGCAAGGGGGAGGGAGGCGGGCAGGCCAAUGGUGCAGAGAGCAUCAUGGAUUCCCUUGCAGGAUUGGACCUCUCUUCACCGGGAGUUUCAGCUUCGCAAGGGCAUGAUGCCAGUGCACUUGCCCAGGGAGUUCCAAGACCCGCAGUCGGUCCCAACAUCGAUCAAUGGUUCGACAAACUCCUAUACUCCUCUGAAGGGGUUUUGUAUGAAGACGUUCAGAUUCAAGUUGGAAUCAAAUCUCGAUACCAGGGACACAUGGGCCAGGUUGCGGUAUACCUGGGAAACAAAGUACCCUCUCCUCUCACAUCCUUCACUGCCGCUGUCCAUGUCCCAGAGCCAGAUGCACUUUCUGUCACCUUCGCCAAGAUUCCUCCAAGUACCAUCGACUCCCGAAGCCAACUGCAACAACUUCUCAAUAUUGAAUGCAAGAAGAUCUUCACGCAGCCUCCGAUCCUCACGAUAUCCUUCCUUUCCGGCUCACAUCAAGCAGUAUCACUCAGGCUCCCCAUUGUAAUAACGAAGUUUUUCGAGCAUGUCAAACUGGGCCAAGCAGACUUCUUCGAGCGCUGGAAAUUAAUCGGUGGCCCCCCUCGGGAAGCCCAGAGCGUUUUCCCAAUCACACUCGACGCUGCAGGCCAACUAGAUUUGCCAAAGCAAAGCAAGGUGGUGUCAGGGCAUCGUCUAAACAUCCUGGAGAACAUCGAUCCAAACCCAAGCAACCUUGUCGCGGGAGGAGUUCUACACACCUCGGUGGAUGGCAAGGUGGGAUGUCUACUCAGAGUUGAGCCCAAUCGAGAAGCCAAGCUGUGUCGGUUGACUUGCCGAAGCACCUCUGAAGAGGUGGCUGCUGAAGUGCUGAAGCUCGUGCAGAAAGGAUUGGCAGCAAAACCUAACUAA